AUGUCCCUUGACACACACGGCAGAAUCGUGCCCAUACUAAAGGGACAACAUUCACUGAAUGGUGCUCUUGACUCGGUGGAGUCGUAUGGUAGACUGCAACACAGUGAAUUAGAACACAACAUAUUCACCCCGAGCAAUUCUUCUCAGCUAGAAAAGCUACACUAUGCUUCCCCCAGUGCCCUUUCCUCUUCUUCAUUUUCCACGUCUUCGUUCCCGCAACAGCAAGCUAUGCGCCAAACAAGCUUGGAGUUGCCCUCCUUGAAGGAGCACGGGCUCUUCGCCCUUCCUACUGAGGGAGAUGGCAAUUGCCUCUACUAUUCCCUCUCCGACCAGAUGUAUGGCGAUUUCGGCCACGCACAGGCCAUACGACAGACAUUGGCGGACCAUAUGGUGAGCCACAAAGGCUUUUUUAUGCAGUUCGUAGCUGCUGAGGGUGGUGAGCGCCGUCGCCCCAAACGUGCCGCGGCGUCCGCGUAUGCGACGCGUUCCGCAGCUGUUGGGAUCCCCUCGGCAGACGACAUGGAGCGCAGGUUCGAAGAGAUGAUUGCCUCAACCCGCAAGAAUGGCGAGCGGGGAAGCUCGGAACACUUGCAGGCCUUCUGUCAAGCGUUCCGAGUAGAUAUCAAUGUAUACACCAUGGAUGGUGUACAACGCUUCCGCGACUUCAACGCUGGGGAGGAGAAGCGCGAAGCAAUUCACAUUGCUUUCCACGACUUCAAACACUACUCUACCGUGCAUCCGAUCAAGAGCGAGCACGAAGGCUUGCUGUCAAAGCCGCCCACAAAUGACGAAAAGGAAGUAAUAACUGGCGAGCUCAUUGACGCAAAAGCCUGUCCCGUUAAGUCCGAGGACCCCAUCACUCGCCGCGACUCCCAAGACACCGUUCCUACCUCUAUUUCCGACACCUCCCGCUCUACCCCCGACACCACCUACACCGCUCAUGACUCUGCCGUUGAACUCUCACCACCUCUUGAUAUUCAGCAUAUUCACGAUGAGCUCGGCGGGCGAUACGACCGAGACACGAUCGUGGAUAUGCUUCAAAACUCUGCUCGGCGAGAAGACCGACUCAGAAAAGAGGCUUCCCCUGGGUUCGACCUUCAAAUCAAACUUGCGCGUGUCCCGAUCAUCCUCCCCUACAGUACGGGGAGCAAGCGCUCUGCGGAUGACAGUGACGACGACUCCGAGAGUCCACGCCCGGCGACCUCGCGAGGUAGACCCCGGAAGAGGCUGAUAUCCAACUUAACAAUGGGCGUGGGGAUCUCUUUCCGGGAUGACCAUAACGAGGUUGUCUCGCUGAACCUUAGGAUGCACUCGGAAGCUGCCAAAGCUAAGUCCGACAAAUCCAAGGCAGAAGCCCUUGAGAAAGUGAAGCUCGAGCCAAAUUCCGAGGAAGCAGAGGCCAUGAAGCCUGUGAAAAACGAAUCGGAUGGCAAGCUGAGAAAUGCUUCUCCCGAAGCUCAGGCCGUCGAAAAGAUGAAGCCUGCACCGAAGAAGGGGCCCCGUCGCAGCGGACGACUCUCAAAGUCGCGAACCACCACGCCACAGUGA